AUGACACGUAUGGGCGUUGCUUUAUUUGCACUCCUGUGCACGGUAAAGUCCUACGUUGGUCGGGCUCGACAGAGCCUUAGAGGUGGACGUGGCGGCGGUGGUCGCGGAGGAGGUGCUCCUCGCGGCGGUCGUGGAGGCUUCGGCGGUGGCCGUGGCUCUGCUAACGGUCUGCGGGACGUGAUUACUCGCGAGGGGAACGCUGUGAUUUGA